UUUAUUCAACUGUUCGGUAAACUUAACAUGACUUCGAACGCGAAAGAACUUCGACUACAAGAUGAUUUGUUCAAUGAACGCGCUCGAUUUCUUAAAGAAUUCCUGGAGGCUAACGACAAAGAUUACGAAAUUAAAUAUAAAAACGAAAUAUUACGUUUAUUACGAAAUGGAGAAAAACGAUUAAUUGUUAGCUUAAAUGAUUUACGCCAUUAUCAUAAUGAAAAUUCGGAAAAAAUUAUAGAUUCUCCUAAUGAAUGGAUACUCGCGUUUGAAAAGGCGAUCAAAGAUGUUUCUCUAAGCAUAAAUGAUCCUAUAAUUAACAAGAUCGAAGACUUACAUAUACAUGUUGGGUUUACGGGAAAUUUUCGUUAUCAUGUUAAUCCGGGAACAUUAAGAUCUAUACAUCUAGGAAAAUUGAUUUGUGUAGAGGGGAUAGUUUCGCGAUGCUCCCUUGUUCGAUUAAAGUUGUCAAAAAGUGUUCAUUUUUGUGAAAAAACUGGUGUUUUUUAUUACAAAGAAUAUCAAGAUUCCACAACUAUUGGAAAUUACUUACCAACUGCAUCAGGAUAUCCAACAGAAGAUGAGAAUGGUAAUCCACUGACAACUGAAUUUGGCUAUUCAACAUAUAAAGAUCAUCAAACCAUAUGUCUUCAAGAAAUGCCCGAAAAGGCUCAGACUGGUCAAUUACUUAGAUCAAUUGAUAUUAUAUUGGAUGAUGAUUUAGUCGACAAAGUGAAACCUGGCGAUCGUAUACAAUUAGCGGGUUGUUAUAAAGCUAUUGGCAAGCCAAAUCAAGCCACAACUUCUGCGACCUUUAAGACCGUCAUUAUUGCAACAAAUAUCACUAUCUUGUCGGGAGAUAUUGGUCGAAAAAUAGUCACAGAAGAAGAUAUUAAAAAUAUAAAAAAAAUUUCGAAAACUAAAGAUGUAUUUGAACUAUUAGCGGGAUCUUUAGCACCAUCAAUUUACGGACAUGAAAUUAUAAAAAAGGCAAUUUUACUUAUGUUAUUAGGCGGCAAAGAGCAAAACUUGUCUAGUGGGACUCAUAUUCGAGGAGAUAUUAACAUUUUGAUGGUUGGAGAUCCAUCUACGGCAAAAUCUCAGCUUCUUCGACGUGUACUUAAUAUAGCACCUCUAGCCAUUGCAACUACAGGUCGUGGAUCAUCAGGUGUCGGUUUGACAGCUGCAGUUUCGCGGGAUAAAGAAACCGGUGAAAGGUGUCUUGACGCAGGCGCAAUGGUUCUUGGUGACCGCGGUGUCGUUUGCAUUGAUGAAUUUGACAAAAUGAAUGACACUGAUCGUGUUGCAAUUCAUGAAGUAAUGGAACAACAAACUGUAACUAUCUCCAAAGCUGGCAUCCAUACAUCCUUAAAUGCUCGGUGCAGUGUAAUAGCUGCGGCUAACCCUGUUUAUGGACAGUAUGAUGUUCAUAAAGAUCCUGCACAUAAUAUCGCCCUUCCGGAUUCGUUAUUAUCUCGUUUCGAUCUUGUUUUUGUUGUUACAGAUGAAAUAAAUGAUAUUCGAGAUCGUAAAAUUUCACAACACGUUUUACGUCUGCAUCAAUAUCGCCCACGUAAUCUCGAAGAAGGUGUACCGAUUAAGGAUGGUUCCGGGCAAACCAUUUCCAUGGAACAAGCUGAUAAGACAGUAACACCAACAUCAAUUUACCAGCGUGACGAUCCACAAUCAAAUAUUGACAGUAAUCAAAUAGAAGAUGUACCUGAUUCUGAGGAGUCGGAAAUUCUUUCUUCAGAAUUUCUCCAAAAAUAUAUUCAAUAUGCUAAAAAUUGUACAACGCCUAGAUUGACUAGAGAGGCUGCGGAUUAUAUUUGUAACUCAUGGGUUGAGCUUCGUAAUGCUGAAACUAAUCGAGGAGAAUCAAAAACAUCACCAAUGACGCCGCGUGCUUUAGAUUCAUUUUUCCGUCUUGCUACUGCACAUGCUAAAGCACGUCUUGCAAAGACGGUAAGAAAAGAUGACGCCGAAGCUGCCGAAGCGAUAAUUAAAUUUGCUCUAUUUAAAGAAGUCAAACCCAAGGAUAGAAAUAAAAGGCGCAGGGUUGAUAGUAGAAUAUCUGAUGACGAGGAAGAUGAUGACAAGGACGAUGAUGACGAGGACGAUGAUGAUGAGGACGAUGAUGAUGACAAUGCCGAUAAUGAAGACGAAAAUGAUGAACGUUACAUUGAUGUCAAUGAAAGACAAAAACACAAAAACGUACGCUACGACAAGACCGAAACCUCCAAUAAUAUUGAUUUAUCAUCAAAUGAGGCGGGACCGUCAUAUACGCCUACAUACAAUCAUAUGGAAACCGAUGAACCGGUAAGAUCUGACAGUGUCCUCGGGUUUGACUCCCUCGCAUUAAACGAAGACGGCGAUAACGACGAUGGAAUAACACCAUCGAGGUUAAAAUUAUUCGAACAACAUCUUGAUCGUGUGACAUCUUCGCCAGAUUUUGAUGGGCAAAGGUUAUUUGCUACUUUAAUCCAAGAUAUCAAUAACGAAUUGCCGGAAGAUCAACGAUUCACCACAGAAGAAGCUAAAGCAGCAUUAAAGAAGAUGGAGGAUUUAAAUAAGGUUAUGUAUAGUGGUGAA